AUGGACUGGGCUCUGGGGCUGUGCUUGCUUGUUGCUUCGGUUACUGCGCUCGCUGUUAUUGCCUGCUCGCGGUUCAAGCUUGUCGCACCUCACACGCAACCAGCUUCCUGCGCUAACCCUCGAUUUUGCCGCUUCUGGUUCGAAUCCUUGCUGCGUCAAAGCGUUGCCUGCGACAUGUCCAGUAGGCGUGCGACGGUGCUGCUAGGUGUAACUGUCCUCGCGACUGUCGCUGGCAUCGCAUACGUGCACGAGCUGCAAGUGAAGGAGCGAGAGGAAGUUCCUUCACUCCGGCGGGAAAUUGCUGAGCUGGCACAACAGGCUGACGUGGUUAAACAGGCAGACGUGGCUAAACAGGCUGACGUGGCAACUGCAUCAUCACUUCAAGCAGCAACAUCAACAGCAUCAGCGGCAUCAGCAGCAGCAGCAGCAGCAGCAUCAGAAGCAGCAGCAGCAGCAGCAGCAGCGUCAUCUGCGGACAUACUUCCCCCCCAUCGUGUGGCACUGCUGCAGAUAGCAUGCCGCGUACCCGUGGGUACAUGCGGCCACCACGAUUGUGACAAUGGUGAGAGUGACCAUGGUGAGAGUGACCAUGACGCAUGUCACCGCGAUGGCAGUGGAGAACGGUCGCAGCAGCAGGGACGGGAGAAGCAGGGGGGCUACGGAGUGGCACCAGGGCUGCGAGGGCAGCAGCAGCAGCAGCAUGUGGGGCAGCGUGAGAGCGGAGCAGCAGUAUUGCCACAUAGGACAGACAGCUCUCAGAAACCGACUGACAUCUGGCGGCGGGUCGACAGGUGCCAAGAGGCGGAUGGGUGGGAGGAGGUGGUGGUGCUGCUGGACCUGCUGUCUCUCCCGCCCUGCCUGUACGCCCCCCCUCUCCGUGCCAUGCUGCGCGCCCCUCACACCCUCAAGCUCGGCUUUGCCUUCUCAGACGACCUCGAGUUCCUCCACCAAUCCCUCCCUUCAUACCACCGCUCCCUCCCCCCACACCAUCACUCCCUUCCCUCACACCACCAGUCGCUUCCCCCUCACCACCACUCCCUGUCCCUUGACCAUGACCAUCACUCCAUCCCCCCAGACCAGCACGACUCCCGUCCUUCACACCACCAUCACCCGUCCCACGACUGCUUCCACCACGUGUCGCCCUUCAUAGACGUGGGCACGGCCUACCACGCCAUUCGCCGCGCCCGCCUGCACCUCAAGCGAGACAACCUGCUCUCCCUCCUUACCGCCGCCGCCCCUCCCGGCUCCCUCGCCUCCAAGUCAGUGCUGCCGCCCGCGUCAGGGCUGUCAGCGCUGGCGCAGGUGCUGCUGGGGGCGCCGUUAGACAAGGAGUUGCAGUGCAGUGACUGGGAGCAGCGGCCGCUGUCACGCCACCAGCUGCACUAUGCUGCUGCGGAUGCCCUCUGCCUUAUUCACAUGGCGCUCGCGCUUCUCCCCCUCGCUCUGCGCCCCCAUGCCCUCUCUGCCCAUGCCCUUUCCGCAAAUGGAAAGGGGCAGGGCAGCGGUGGAUUGCGUCACAAUGAAGCGCGCUCAAAUGAUGCUGCGCACUCAGGGGAUGCUCGUGCUGACAUGCCGCACAAUGGACUGGUGUCACCAUGCCAUGCAGUGCGCCAAUACGACCUGUCUAGGAACGGAUUGGUGCCGCCUUGGGAUGUGUCGCGGGGAGGGGAUGGGCAGGCGCGGUUCCUGUGUGACUCCAUGGUGGAGGGGCUGGCACGGCAGCUGCGCUGUGUAGGCGUUGACACCGCUUCGCCUAAGACUCUCGGCCGAGACACGUGUGACACCAGGAAGCUGAUCGAGUGGGCAGAGGGGGAGGGUCGUGUGCUUCUGACGAGGGACGUGAAGCUCUUCCGGCGCCGCCUGCUGCCGCCCAGCCACAUUCACCUCAUUAAAAGCACCGACAAGCGCGAGCAGCUCCGCGAGGUGGUAACCGCGUUCCGCCUGCUCCUCUGCGAGUCCUCGCUGCUCUCACGCUGCAUCCGCUGCAACGGCACCUUCAAGCCGCAGGCUCUGGGGCCCUCAGAGGCAGCAGCGGCAGCACCGUGGACACAGGUGGUGCCGAGUCACGUGUUGGAUCGUGUAGCAGAGUUCUGGCAGUGCUGCCAGUGCCAGCACCUGUACUGGGAGGGCUGCCAGUUUGAUCGCGCCAUCAAGCAAUUCACCGAGGUGUGCCAGCUGUCGGCUGCGCUGGCUCAGACGAAUGUUUCAGCCAACAGUUAA